GCCCGCCUUGCUAUUCUUUAAAUCGCCCUGAAUCUUGCUUGUAUAUGAUUUCUACUGUAUCGUCUGAAUUGUUUUUCAAUGAGACCGAAUUCCAGAUAAUCAUCCCUAACGUACCCACCGAUAAAAAGGACCUGUCUUUUCACGAUAUCACCUCGGCCAAACCGCGUGAUUUCGCAUUCUAUGAUGAGCAACUGAGAGUAUAUCUCUUCGCUAGACUUCCCGCUCAUAUAGCGGGUGCUGGUGACGAAGAGGUAGCGAGCGCUGUACAGUCUUUCUUUAAGCAGCUGGAUGUCCACAUCGAUGCGUCUAUGACUGAUGCAACAUUCCAAACGAAUACGUCGUCCCCAAUCCAACAUCGAUCGGUUUCCCUCAAACACAGCUCUUCCACUUCUUUAUCAAACGCUUCAUCGCCAAAACUUCCGCAGCAUAAAGUAGAUACCAGUCGUGGACCAGUGGAUGCACCGUUCUUCUACUCGCACACUUAUAGCAGCCGAGGAGACGACCAAGAAUGUAUCACGGCCGAGGAAAAUAACGCUUAUUGCUGUCUCUUUCCGCUUACUAUUCCAAUCGUUUAUGUUAAAGCGCGCGGAAGUCAUCCUCAGUUGUCAGUCAGCUGCAACAUCUCGUAUCGGCCUCUGCCACCUGCUCGAAAUACCAAAGACACGGAAAAAUCCGACGAAAGCGAAUAUGACCCAGAAUUAUUCGAGUCGGUGGAUUUGCUAGGCGGCUUAACCGGAGAUCCAUUCUUCGCGAAUGCUGAAGAAAGACCGAUGCAGCGGUUCAUGGUGGAGGUACAUUCGCGAAUGUCGAGCAGUAGCUUUAUCCAACCAAGUAGUUCGAGCCCCAGAUCAUUAACACUUCGACGCCACACACGUUGCCAUUUACCCGUGCGCUCCAGUCUUAUAGUCAAGAUGCGGACCACCAAUGCAUCGGUUGCUGAUAAGAUGGUGAUGAUGUCUGUGGAACUAGAGAAUCCGGGAGAUGUGGGAUGCCCAUUCCAAAUCGAGAAAAUAGAUGUACAAGUAUCGAAUGCGGUCGUGGCUAUGGCUUUUACAAAAGAGUCGCCGUUCCCAGUUCUCUUGAACAGUUUAGACCAGAUCGUAUUCCUGUACAAUGUUACGCUACUGGAAGAUGGUGUCAGCAAGCCACCCAUUCAACCACAACGUAUGUUCCCGUCAAGGCGAGCUGCAACACAACCCGUUCCCGUUACGCACCAUCAAGAUGAACGGCUUCAACCGCAGCGAGUAACAAUACAAGUAUGUGGAGCUCCGAUAGUGGAUGGAGUAAAAACCCUGCCGAUGCAAUCCAAGUGGAAUACCAUGCUAGACGUUAUGGGGAUGCGACAGAAAAGAGAGGAAGCGCCGCCUGAUCCGAGAUUUGCGUCGUUAUUGGCUUCCUCGACAUCGCCUUUAAUGAACUCAUCUGAAAAAUCGCGUUCGACAAGUGCCACUGUAUCCCCGGGGGCUCACUCCGUCGCUAGCCCUGUCAGCCAAAUGAACAGUCUUGAUGGCAUGGCUGCCGGGAAAAAACGUCUCGUGAUCAAUAUGGGUCCUUCAGUUAGUCGUGAUGCAGGAGCACAUCGAGCACCUGAAGUGGAGAUAGCGGAUGGCAUCGUUGUUUCUCUCACUGUCCCCAAUUCCAUCAUUGUGGGCAAGAUUUUCCCUCUUCAUAUAUUCAUCGUGAACCGUUCCAAGCAUACGCGACGAUUCCAAGUGAUGAUACCCAACCGCAAACGAAACACGUCGGCAGUGGAAUCUUUUAAUAACACCAUGAAAACGGGUCUUCCUCUGCUACCAAUGGAACAACGACCCAUCGACCCUUUCAUGGAUGAAGCAGAAUUCUUGCGGCAAUAUUUUGAAAACGAGACUCAUGAAGCUGACAUUGUUUGCUUGGAGAAUAACGUGCGACUAAGUCCAUUAGGUCCGUCCACCUCGCAAACGGUGGAUAUUCGAUUUAUUGCUGUAAAGGACAAUUUGCAUACGAUCGAUCUUAUUCAGCUAGUCGACCAAGAUACCGGUUUCGUCACCAAUUUGCGUCAUGUAUUAGAGGUGUUCGUCGAACCAUGUUAAUAUUUAUAGAUAAAGCGAUAAUAUCGUCGCAAUGAUAAAAAUGAACUGUCAUUGACGUUCGAUCCAUUUCCCGUAUUAUGACAUUGAUUGUCCGCAAAUCCAAAAAAAAAUUGACAGUCAGUUUGAGCGGGCGUUUGAUUUUGGACCUUGGAAAACCAUUGUCACAAACGAAAAAAAUUUUCUAUAAAUUUUGCCGCCGUUGGUGUGCUUUUGCCCAUUACUUUGUUACACUUCUGAAG